AUGCCUCUCUCAAUGAUGCAGCCGCUCAGUCGACCACCUUCACGUGAUCUGACACCACCAUCACCCACACGCCGACUAUCUCGCGAGGAAACAUAUCAUCUGGCCGAGACGGCAAGGAGAAAGUCGUCCAACAAAAUCGUCCAUGACGAUCUCAGACUCAAACUCAGCCACGAGCACCUGUUGGAACUUCUACUACAAGACAUUGCUCAAACCGAGCGAGAACGCCAAACAUCACCCACCGAAGACAAGUACCUGAUGGAGGAGGAACGCCAACAACGGAAGCGACCGGAGCAGGAAAGGAGGAUAUCGGAACCACCCAAAUUGGACGAGUACGGAUUCCCUCUCGACCAAGACGACGGAGAGGAAGACUUGGGCGGAUUGUCGUUAAUGCGGACUCACUCGCGGAGACCCACGAGAUGA